UGAGGAUGGAGCAGCGGUCGGGCCGCGGCUCCUAGGGGAGGCAGCGUGCUAGCUUCGGGGGCGGGCCAGUAGCGGGAGCGAGGGCCGUACGGACACCGGUCCCUUCGGCCUUGAAGUUCAGGCGCUGAGCUGCCCCCUCGCGCUCGGGGUGGGCCGGAAUCCAUUUCUGGGAGUGGGAUCUUCCACCUUCAUCAGGGUCACAAUGGCAGCUACAGUAAGGAGGCAGAGGCCAAGGAGGCUACUCUGUUGGGCCUUGGUGGCUGUCCUCUUGGCAGACCUGUUGGCACUGAGUGACACACUGGCUGUGAUGUCUGUGGACCUGGGCAGUGAAUCCAUGAAGGUGGCCAUUGUCAAGCCUGGAGUGCCCAUGGAGAUUGUAUUGAACAAGGAAUCUCGGAGGAAAACUCCGGUGACUGUGACCUUGAAGGAAAACGAAAGGUUUCUAGGUGACAGUGCAGCUGGCAUGGCCAUCAAGAACCCAAAGGCUACGCUCCGUUAUUUCCAGCACCUCCUUGGAAAGCAGGCAGAUAACCCUCAUGUGGCUCUUUACCGGUCCCGUUUCCCAGAACAUGAGCUCAAUGUUGACCCACAGAGGCAGACUGUGCGCUUCCAGAUCAGUCCGCAGCUGCAGUUCUCUCCCGAGGAGGUGCUGGGCAUGGUUCUCAACUACUCCCGUUCCCUGGCUGAAGAUUUUGCAGAACAACCUAUUAAGGAUGCAGUGAUCACCGUGCCAGCCUUUUUCAACCAGGCCGAGCGCCGAGCUGUGCUGCAGGCUGCUCGUAUGGCUGGCCUCAAGGUGCUGCAGCUCAUCAAUGACAACACUGCCACAGCCCUCAGCUAUGGUGUCUUCCGCCGGAAAGAUAUCAAUUCCACUGCACAGAAUAUCAUGUUCUAUGACAUGGGCUCGGGCAGCACUGUGUGUACCAUCGUGACCUACCAAACGGUGAAGACUAAGGAGGCUGGGACGCAGCCACAGCUACAGAUCCGGGGCGUGGGAUUUGACCGCACCCUGGGUGGCCUGGAGAUGGAGCUUCGGCUGCGAGAGCACCUGGCUAAGCUCUUCAAUGAGCAGCGCAAGGGCCAGAAAGCCAAGGAUGUUCGGGAAAACCCCCGAGCCAUGGCCAAACUGCUUCGGGAAGCCAAUCGGCUUAAAACCGUCCUGAGUGCCAAUGCUGAUCACAUGGCACAGAUUGAAGGCUUGAUGGACGAUGUGGACUUCAAGGCAAAAGUAACUCGAGUGGAGUUUGAGGAGCUGUGUGCAGAUUUGUUUGAUCGAGUGCCUGGGCCUGUACAGCAGGCCCUGCAGAGUGCUGAGAUGAGCCUGGAUCAAAUUGAGCAGGUGAUCCUGGUGGGUGGGGCCACUCGUGUUCCCAAAGUUCAAGAGGUGCUGCUGAAGGCUGUGGGCAAGGAGGAACUAGGAAAGAACAUCAAUGCCGAUGAAGCAGCUGCCAUGGGGGCCGUGUACCAGGCAGCGGCACUGAGCAAAGCCUUCAAAGUGAAGCCAUUUGUUGUGCGUGAUGCUGUUAUUUACCCCAUCCUGGUGGAGUUCACAAGGGAGGUGGAGGAGGAGCCUGGGCUUCGAAGCCUGAAGCACAAUAAACGUGUGCUCUUCUCCCGAAUGGGGCCCUACCCUCAGCGCAAAGUCAUCACCUUUAACCGAUACAGCCAUGAUUUCAACUUUCACAUCAACUACGGUGACCUGGGCUUCCUGGGGCCUGAGGAUCUUCGGGUAUUUGGCUCCCAGAAUCUGACCACAGUGAAACUAAAAGGUGUGGGAGAGAGCUUCAAGAAAUAUCCUGACUAUGAGUCCAAAGGCAUCAAGGCCCACUUUAACCUAGACGAGAGUGGAGUGCUCAGUUUAGACAGGGUGGAGUCCGUAUUCGAGACCCUGGUGGAGGACAGCCCAGAGGAAGAGUCUACUCUUACCAAACUUGGCAACACCAUUUCCAGCCUGUUUGGCGGUGGUACCUCAUCAGAUGCCAAAGAGAAUGGUACUGAUGCUGUACAGGAGGAGGAGGAGAGCCCUGCUGAGGGGAGCAAGGAUGAGCCUGCAGAACAGGGGGAACUCAAGGAGGAAGCUGAAGCCCCAAUGGAGGAUACCUCCCAGCCUCCACCCUCUGAGCCUAAGGGGGAUGCAGCCCGUGAGGGAGAAACACCUGAUGAAAAAGAAAGUGGGGACAAGUCUGAGGCCCAGAAGCCCAAUGAGAAGGGGCAGGCAGGGCCUGAGGGUGUCCCUCCAGCUCCCGAGGAAGAAAAAAAGCAGAAACCUGCCCGGAAGCAGAAAAUGGUGGAGGAGAUAGGUGUGGAACUGGCUGUCUUGGACCUGCCAGACUUGCCAGAGGAUGAGCUGGCCCAUUCCGUGCAGAAACUUGAGGACUUGACCCUGCGAGACCUUGAAAAGCAGGAGAGGGAGAAAGCUGCCAACAGCUUAGAAGCUUUUAUCUUUGAGACCCAGGACAAACUGUACCAACCUGAGUACCAGGAAGUGUCCACUGAGGAACAACGGGAGGAGAUCUCUGGAAAACUCAGUGCCACUUCUACCUGGCUGGAGGAUGAGGGAUUUGGAGCCACCACUGUGAUGUUGAAGGACAAGCUGGCUGAGCUGAGAAAGCUGUGCCAAGGGCUGUUUUUUCGGGUGGAAGAGCGCAGGAAAUGGCCAGAGCGGCUUUCAGCUCUGGAUAAUCUCCUCAAUCACUCCAGCAUUUUCCUCAAGGGUGCCCGACUCAUCCCAGAGAUGGACCAGAUCUUCACUGACGUGGAGAUGACAACGUUGGAGAAAGUCAUCAAUGACACCUGGACCUGGAAGAAUGCAACCCUGGCCGAGCAGGCCAAGCUUCCUGCCACAGAGAAACCCGUGCUGCUUUCAAAAGACAUCGAGGCCAAAAUGAUGGCCCUGGACCGGGAGGUGCAGUAUCUACUCAAUAAGGCCAAGUUUACUAAACCCCGGCCACGGCCCAAGGACAAGAAUGGCACCCGGACAGAGCCUCCCCUCAAUGCCAGUGCUGGUGACCAAGAGGAAAAGGUCAUUCCACCUACAGGCCAGACUGAAGAGGCGAAGCCCAUCUUAGAACCUGACAAAGAGACUGGUACAGAGCCAGCAGACUCUGAGCCUCUGGAAUUAGGAGGUCCUGGUGCAGAAUCUGAACAGGCAGAGCAGACAGCAGGGCAGAAGCGGCCUUUGAAGAAUGAUGAGCUGUGACCCCGCGCCUCCGCUCCACUUGCCUCCAGCCCCUUCUCCUACCACCUCUAUUUAUUAUACAUCAGGGUUGGAGUGGGGUUGGUGUCCUUAGGGGCUCAAGUUCCUUCUCUCAGCUGGGACAGGAGAUGGCUGCUCAACAGGCCUGGAGUAGCUCCACAGGUGAAACCGGCUCUCGUUCUGUCCCCAGCCCCACCCUCUGGUCUCCCACUCUCUGGCCCUGUGUUUGAGAGGAAUCACUAUUCUGUCUUAAUUCUUUGCCUGUGGGUAAGUGAGAGAAUGGCCGCCAGUGGUUGUUGGAGACCUGGUCGUGGGAAGGAUGUCAUGUUGUGGGUCACUGAAGAGUGGCCAAUCUUCUCAGCAUUCUUUCAUCUUUUCCUCUUCUACAAAAUCAGUGUCCUGAUGGGCCAGUGUCUACAGAGCCUCAGUCUCACUUGAUUUCUGAGAGCCUCUUCUCUUCUGUGUCUUCUCUUCCCUUGCCCUUCCUCAGCUCUUCUGUCCUUGCCUUCUCUGUGCAGAUUAGGCUGUGGGAUUCUUGCCCUAAGCCUUUCAUCUAGACUGUCUGUAGAGUAAAUAUGUCCUCAUGCGACCCCUGGUGGCUAGAGCAAGCAGGGAGCAGGCAAGAAGGGAAAAGCCCUGUAACCCCCUGUGGGUUGUUGGGUCCAGGACAGUACAAGCCCCAAGAAUGGUUGGCAGGGUGGGAGUAUACUGCAGGCACUAGCCAUCCUGGUCAUCCCCAGUUCCUGUGAUAUCUACCCUUCAUGCUCUUUCCUUCUUCCCCCUGGGCUGACCAAAAAUGUGCUAUCUACUGUGAGCCCCUUUCCCAAGACCCUGUGGGACAGAGAUCAUGGUGUGAAUGUAAAAAUGCCACCUCACUCUCAGGCAAGCUUUGUGGGUAAAGAAAGAGGGGUCAGGGUUCAACUUGACAGUGUCCUUUGCCAGGAAGGAGAGCCCCUUGCCCACUAUAACCAUGCCUAGAGUGCCUGUCCUCCAGUAUUGCACCUGUAGCAGGAGGUAGGGCCACCCCAGUGCAGGGGCAAAGCAAACCUGAUGUCAGUUGUUUUGUCUUUUCUACCCCACCCCCACCCCUCUCCACCUUUUUUUUUUUUUUUUUGCCACAUUGGCAGAGAGACUUAAAGGUCCUACACAGUUCCCCCCUGUGUGUUUGAGUUCUUUCAUUAGCAGUUCAGGCUGGUUGGACAGGUUUGAAUCAAAUUGUACUUUGUUCCAUUGUUAAUUGAGAAACUGUUUCAAUAAAAUAUUCUUUUCUAUAGA